UUAAAGUGAUUUUGUUAUAUAAAAUUAAGAAAAAGCAUGAAUGUAAUAGUUGGUAAAAAUGGUUGGUUAAUAACACUUCAAUAUUUUUGGGAAUCGAAUCGAAGGAAUCAAAUCGAUAUCGAAACUAAUAUCGAGAACGGAUCGAAUCGAGAGGCAUUGCUACCACAACUGCUACUAGAUCGCUGCUUGGGUGAAGACGCUAGGAUUGGCCGCCGCGUCGAGUGCCAGCCUACGCGGCCAAGGUUGAACGGAUGGCAGUGAGCAGGGAGUCGAUUGAGAUGCCACCGGAGUCCUCGUGACAUCACGCGAGAAACCACUACCGUUCUGCCGAAUCAGGAAAAAACUCGCGGUCACAAACCCGUCUUGUUGACAGCAAUAUAGUGUUGCUAGUUUACUGGUGGCGCCACCUGUGAGAUGGACUUUCGAGUUUCCGUCGUUCUUCCGGCCGGUGGUAAUGGUGUGCGGAUGCGGCAUUCCGUACCGAAGCAAUUCUGCCUCAUAGAGGGCAGGUCAGUCCUCGCCUAUACGAUAGAAUGCUUUGAGAGGAUCGCGUGGGUGGAGUCGAUCAUCGUCGCCGUGGCAACGGAGCACGUCGCGGCGACGCAUGACAUCAUCGCUGCGGAAGGGUUCGUGAAGACGAAGGUGACUGUCGGGGGAGACAGCCGCCAUCGCUCCAUACGCAGCGGGAUUGACGCCCUACGGCACGAUCCGCCGGACGUGGUGGUGGUGCAUGAUGCAGUACGACCGAUACUGCAUGAGAAGAUAGUGAGAGAUGUUGCCAUAGCUGCGAACAAACAUGGUGUAAGUACACACAUCCUCAUCUCUAUGGGUGGGGGGGACAGGAUAAGAUAG